UUCAGGACCACAGCGGAAGUACUUGUCUCGUGUCCAUGGUGUGUGGUUCUCAGUGCUCAUGAUCGUUGUCGAUUAUUAUUAGAAGUAUCGAUGGAUAUUGAAUAAGUAAUUCUUAGUUAAGUGUAAAAUACACCACAAGCAUGGCUACAAAACGUAAAGCGGAUGUACCAGUGCCUGCAGAAGAGAGUGAUCAACUCCUCAUAAGGCCACUAGGAGCUGGUCAAGAGGUGGGCAGGUCCUGUAUCAUCCUGGAGUUCAAGGGCCGUAAAAUCAUGCUGGACUGUGGCAUCCACCCUGGAUUGGAGGGCAUGGAUGCAUUGCCUUACAUUGAUUUGAUAGACCCAGCUGAGAUCGACCUGCUCCUCAUCAGCCAUUUUCAUUUGGAUCACUGUGGAGCCUUGCCAUGGUUUUUACAAAAGACAAGUUUCAAAGGGAGGACUUUUAUGACCCAUGCCACCAAAGCCAUUUACCGCUGGUUGCUUUCAGACUAUGUGAAAGUCAGCAACAUCUCAGCGGAUGAUAUGCUGUACACCGAGACUGAUCUAGAAGAAAGCAUGGACAAGAUUGAGACCAUCAACUUCCAUGAAGUGAAAGAGGUGGCCGGCAUCAAGUUCUGGUGCUACCACGCAGGUCAUGUUUUGGGAGCAGCCAUGUUCAUGAUUGAGAUUGCAGGAGUGAAGCUACUGUACACAGGAGAUUUCUCACGUCAAGAAGACCGACAUCUCAUGGCAGCUGAGAUUCCCAGCGUCAAACCAGACAUUCUUAUCACAGAGUCUACAUAUGGCACACACAUCCAUGAGAAGAGAGAGGAGAGAGAGGCUCGUUUCUGUAACACGGUUCAUGACAUAGUGAACCGUGAGGGCCGCUGUCUCAUCCCCGUGUUUGCUUUGGGUCGAGCCCAGGAGCUGCUGCUCAUUCUAGAUGAAUACUGGCAGAAUCACCCUGAACUCCAUGACAUUCCCAUCUACUAUGCCUCAUCCCUGGCAAAGAAGUGCAUGGCGGUGUACCAGACCUACGUGAACGCCAUGAACGACAAGAUCCGCAAGGCCAUCAACGUUAACAACCCGUUUGUCUUCAAGCAUAUCAGCAAUCUUAAGAGUAUGGACCAUUUUGAUGACAUUGGCCCUAGUGUGGUGAUGGCAUCUCCAGGUAUGAUGCAGAGCGGUCUUUCCAGAGAGCUUUUUGAGAGCUGGUGCACCGACAAGAGGAACGGUGUCAUCAUAGCAGGUUAUUGUGUGGAAGGAACGCUCGCCAAGCAUAUCAUGUCUGAGCCAGAGGAGAUCACCACCAUGUCCGGACAGAAGCUUCCGCUGAAGAUGUCUGUGGACUAUAUCUCCUUCUCUGCUCAUACAGACUACCAGCAGACCAGCGAGUUCAUCCGAGCUCUGAAACCUCCUCAUGUGAUCCUGGUUCAUGGAGAGCAGAAUGAGAUGGCUCGACUGAAAGCUGCUCUGAUAAGAGAGUAUGAGGACAAUGAUGAGGUUCACAUCGAGGUGCACAACCCUCGUAAUACUGAGGCCGUCACGCUGAACUUCAGAGGAGAGAAACUGGCUAAGGUGAUGGGCUCUCUUGCGGAUAAGAAGUGUGUGCAGGCUCAGCGGGUCUCGGGCAUCCUGGUGAAAAAGAACUUCAGUUAUCACAUCCUCGCCCCCUCUGACCUCUCCAAUUACACUGAUCUGGCCAUGAGCACAGUGAAACAGACUCAAGCCAUUCCCUUCACCGGCCCUUUUCCCUUGCUUUUGAGUCAGCUACGGCACCUGACAGGUGAUGUGGAGGAGAUUGAGAUCUCAGAGAAGAGCACGCUGAAAGUCUUUAACAGCAUCACAGUGGUUCAUGAUCAAAACAUGGUCUUGUUGGAGUGGUUUGCCAAUCCUCUGAAUGACAUGUACGCUGAUGCCGUCACCACAGUGGUGCUGGAGGUGCAGUCCAACCCUAAAGCUCAGAAAGUUGUUCAGCCCCAAGAAAAGAAGGUGGAUGUGAAUGUUUUCCAGAACAGAUUACUGAAAAUGUUCCAAGACAUGUUUGGAGAAGAGUGUGUCGACUUUAAAGACAAGAACUGUCUCGCUGUAAGUGUAGAUGGGAAAACUGCCUUCAUCAACCUGGAAAACCGAACCGUGGAGUAUGAGGACGACAAUUCUGAAGAUGAUUCUCUCAGAGAAAUGGUGGAGCUCGCUGUACAGAGGCUGUAUGAAGCCAUGAACCCUGUCAUGUGAGAUGGGCUCCUAAUUUCCUUCCAGAACUUUUGUUAUCAGAGUCCAUCUAACUUGAACUACUUCAACCAGACUGAAGACACCAGAUACUGGACUGGCCAAAGCACUUCGAAGCAUUGAAUUUUACAUUAAAAACAAAUGUAAAACAGUUCAAGCUAGAUGUUGAUACAUGUGUGCAGUCAGGACUCAGUUCUUUUUUAUUUCUGCUACAUACAAUAUGUAGUGAUCAUUUAAAAUGUUGUUUUUGUCUCAUUUUGUUAAAGGAGCUGUAAUUUAAGAUCUAAUGUACUGAUUUAAUAAAAGAGGUCUUUGAUUCAAGUUGAGCUUAAGUUUCAAUGCAACUCGCAUUAAAGCUGACACUUUAUUUUAAAAUAAAAGCUUGCAAAAUAUACCAAGUUACACAAAUAUUUAACGCACUGAUACAAAACACUCUCAAUAUUCAAUACUUUCUCUCUUGUCCCAUUACAACAUUGUGAGGAACCAUGCAGUCGGAGUAUUUAUGGGCACAUUUCUUAACAUCAAAAAAGACUUCACAGGGUUUGACACCAGAGAAUAAAAACAAAGUACAUUUUCAGGGCUGGGUCACGUAAUAAGAUCUAGUACUUACUAGUAUGCUUGGUAUUCUACAAGAUCAACACCAAUACAUUCCCAAUUAAAUUUCUGAAUAAGAUUCAGAUGAAGGUGACUGUUCAGCCACCUAUAAAUGACACUCAUAUUCCCUUUUUGAGUUUUCCUAUAGAUUAUAUUACAAAACACGUGGAGAAAAAUACGAUUUCACAAUACAAAUAAAAAAAACAAAUACAAGGCACUUUGGAUACUGAUCUCAGAGCAGUGUUCAUCAGUACAUUCUUAUGGGAGCAGCUGCAAGAUACACAUUCUUGCAUACAGUCAUGAACAUUGUGUUGCUGAAAAGUCUUAACAGCCUGAUUGUCUUGACUUGGGAGUUUCAUAUUAAGCCAAUGAGCCAAAAACUUCUCAUUUACCAAACAUGUAUAACAUCUGCUGGUAUAACUGUUUAAGUAUUAAUGUAUACUAAUACAUGUUGUUUCAAGAACAGUAUAAAUGAAAGCAAAAAAUAAUAAUUCACAGACAAUAUCUAAAAAUAUCAAAUGCCCCUACAAUAUCAGCUUGUCUCUUGCAAACAAUAAAAAGCAAAAACACAAGAUUGUGUUCCAGAGAUUACAAAACAAUUUGCUGGCGAGUGUCAAGAGCACAUACACAUAAAAAAAAAUCAACUAAAAUAUAACAGGUAUUUUUAUGAUAUAACAGUUCUCAAGAUCUGCUAGCAUCUGCUCAAUCUCUCAGACAAAAAAAAAGACCUGUAAACAUCUUAGUAUUGGGCAGUUAAACUUUAACAAUGAUGCUGGUCAUGUUUAGAUAACGCUGAUGAGUGUGUGUGUGUGUGUGUGUGUGUGUGUGUGUGUGUGUGUGUGUGAUUAUGUGUGCAGUAUACUGAUAAUCCUAACAGGACUGACAACAUUAAGUUCCUAUUUAAUGCAUAGUCACUGAAUGAUUUGUGCCUUCUGUUUCUUUA